UUUUUUUGGUCAGUUUCAGUGUGGAAGUUGUCGUGCCAACUUGGCCACUAUCCCCUAUGGACAGUACUGCGCCCUCAUUUACGGUACGCUCGGCUGCUGUUCCCUUAGACUUUCUCUUCCAUGUCUGCUUCUUCUUGGUAGGGGUCUCGGUUGUUCCUGGCAUAGAUGUCGAUAUUGGCCCGGUUGGGGUUUCAUUGAUAGACUGCUGCACACCCGGAGUAGAGGUGUCUGAUUCGGGCUGAUCUCUGUCUGGGUGGACAAUUCGCAAUUUUUCCGCGCCGAAAUUAGCCAGCAUCUCUAAUGAGGUUGCCUGUAGAUCCGGUGCCUGGUUCGAGAAGAUACUGAAUUGCUCGUCGGACAGGGUCGCGGGAUCAAUACCCCUCCCAACAAGCAGACCUAUCGCAGUCUGCUUUCGUCGCUCGGCUUCUCCUGGAGGCACAUUCAGAACUGAGAUAGCAUGCGUGCCGUUAUAUUGUGGAUUAUGUGGCCCAGCUUCAUUCUGCGCAGAUUCGCCUUCCCCAAGAGGCACAUCUCCCAUCGGCGCGUCUGGUGCUUUCCCAUUCUUCUUUGGGCGCUUCCUGCGGCUCCCCUCCUCGCCUUGAGUUGGCGGGGGUCUCUUGGCUCGGGGUGUUCGUUGGCUAUUUCCAUUGGUGGUGUUCAAUGGUGCCGGUGGUAUAUCUGGCUCAAGGUGUUGUACAAGCUGCGCAACGGUUUUAUGGAUAGGUGUAUGGCUAUAUUUAACAAUAACGCCUCUGGCCGAUUUCGAGAAUGCGAUCGUGAGCGUUCCGCGACAGUCAAAUGCAGGGCGUGAGGCAUUGACCGAAUCCAGACCACCUUGCCCGCUGUAUGCCGCAAUUGCAGGCUUCUCGGAAUUUUUGGCGUUCGCGCGGGUCCAUGCUUGCAGCGAGUCACUGCAGAUAUAUGUAAAUGUCCACCCUUGCGCACCUCUUGAAACUUGUCGAACCGUCCACGAACUACUAUCAAGAGACCCUAUUGCACUGACUAUAUGCUUCGCAACAAUCCUCUGAAGAUGGGGAUCAUCCGUGGGCUGGUUUUGUACAGUUUCGGAUGCGGUAACGGAUCGAGCUACAGGCUGGUGAUGGUUUUGGUGAGAUUGAACGGUACUAUCGUUAACAUUAUUUUCGGCAUCUGGGUUCAGGUAGAAGACGGUAUUAUAUCGAAGCUCGAAAGUUAGGGAGGUAUGUUCGGCGCGGGUAUCUGAUGACUUAGAAAGUAGGAGGCUAUGCAACCUGUCUUGGACAUCUUGGAUGGAGUUACACAAGCAAUUGCCCUUUGAAGAAUCUAUGAGUGCAUCCAUCUCAGCGACAGUUCAAGGGUUAGUAUAACAACUAUUUUUAGUUGUUCUCCCUGGCCGUCGCUAGGAUCGCGCAAAGCGAAUGAGUCUGAAUGCGAGUGGAGAUAGUUAUUCCAGUACAAACGCGUUCUAAGAGGUCGGAGACCAAAGACCUAGGUCGCGGCCCUGGGGAAGGUGGUU